UAUACUCUCUGCUUCUCUUACUUCCUCCUGGUUCCUGUCAUCGCAUCAAGAAAGCUUUCUCCUUGCACUUCUUCUUAGACAUACUCCCUCAACAAUACCAUCACCAUGUCCGAAAUGUUCGUGCUCCCUCUCGACGCCGAGGAGCAAGCACUCCUUGCCCCACCUCAAAGCGGCAAACGAGUCGUGAACCACGGGGAGGGCGACAGCCGCGCCCUUCCAACACAAAUCGUCCUCCGCAGCGACGGCCGCUUCGCCCUCGUUCCGAUGACUCCAAAACCAGAUGAGGCAGGGUAUGAGCUGCGGCCGGCAAAUAAAUACUCGCUCUCGCUCUUGAGACUGUGUGAGAAGGAGCAGCGCGAGUACGUGGUGGUGAAGGAUGCGGAGUCGUGUGGGAUUGUUUUCAAGGAGGAGUCUCAGACGAAGCCCCAGCUGACUCUCGACACCACAACGGAGGGCAGCGAGGGGGAGACUGAGGAAGUUCAGGAGUCCGUGGAGUCUGGACAAGACUGCACAAAGGGCCCGAAGAACCGUAAAAAGCCACAACGACGCAUGAGCUGGGUGUGUCCACGCUCGCCGACCCCGCUUCGACAAGAGGUCAAGCAGGAGGAGGACUGGGACGUAUCGCACGUAAAAUCGCUGGGCGGAGAUGCAGACGCUGUUGAAGGGUGAUUGGCAUACGGAGUAUAGCGUGCGGUGCCAAAGCUUUGUUGAGAUUCUAUUUCGUCAUCUAACAUUCGAGCAUCGUUGAGGACAUGCAUCUUUCAGCGCCUCCAUCGCCUC